GAAUUGGCAGGUACUCCUGAACAGCUAUGUAUUCCAGAAAGGCUCUGUACAAGAGGAAGUACUCAACUGCCAAAUCCAAGGUUGAAAAGAAAAAAAGGGAAAAGGUUCUUGCUACGGUCACAAAACCAGUCGGUGGUGACAAGAAUGGAGGUACCCACGUGGUUAAGCUUCGUAAAAUGCCUAGGUAUUAUCCCACUGAAGAUGUACCACAGAAGCUGAGGAGCCAUGGCAAGAAACCCUUCAGUCAGCAUGUGAGAAGGCUGCAUGCCAGCAUCACUCCCGGGACCAUCCUGAUCAUCCUCACAGGAUGCCACAGAGGCAAGAGAGUGGUUUUCCUGAAGCAGCUGGAAAGUGGCUUACUACUUGUGACUGGACCUCUUUCUCUCAAUCGAGUUCCUCUGCGUAGAACACACCAAAAGUUUGUCAUUGCCACCUCCACAAAAAUAGAUAUCAGCAAAGUUAAAAUUCCUAAACACCUCACUGAUGCUUACUUCCAGAAGAAGAAACUGCGGAAGCCCAGGCAUCAGGAAAGCAAGAUCUUUGACACAGAGAAGGAGAAAAAUGAAAUAACAGAG